GUCGCUCGAGAUUAACAGGCACACGAGUAAUUCACAAACUCCUGUGACUUAUUUGAGCAGAAGAUCUCUCCAGGCUAGUGCUAGCUUAGCCACUUAACUAGCACAUCAUUGUCCAGGAUAUCGCCCUCUUGUUUACAUUAGGCAAAAACAAGAGCUGUGUGUUUUAUUUUUUACUACUCUUUGCUUUCAUGUUUCACGCAGUGAACUCGUUUAUUUCGAAAUGCAGCUGACGAAACAGUUAUUAAACCAAUAUGACUUGUGUCAUCUCAUCAAAAGGAUGGACCUUAUUUGCUUUAUUUAAACAUGGAAGACGGUAAAGUCUGAGGGCGAUAGUAGGUGUGCAACGGCUGAACAAGCCAACGGUUCGGUGUAUAUCGUGGUUUUGGGUCACGGUUUUCGGUUCGGUUUAUUUUUUGCACAUUAAGAAAAAACUUCAGUCUCCUUUUUAUUGAGGCUCCUACAGACUAAUGCAUAUGUAAUGGAGUGCCAUAGUUCAUUGGGGGUUGUUGGUUCUUAUUACAUGUUCAGACAAGUCUUGCCUUCAAUUUUUUGUAGUUCUGCCAACAUAAAGGCAUGGGCACUCAAGUCUUUAAUUAAUUCAGCUUUGAUUUUCUUAGAUAUUUGUCAGGUUUGUAGAAUGAGUUCAAGGAAGGAACGACAGGGCUACACAAAGCCACAGAAGAGGAUAAAACAGGAGUUUACACCACUGGAAAAGAUCGAGCAACAACAGGCACUUCUCCAUAUAGAGCAGUUACUACAAGAACAGCCACAACAACCACAGCUACAACUGACACAUGGGGCCAUUCCAUUUCCGGACCCAGUCCAAGAAGUGACUCCUAGAGAUGCAAUAAGUGACCCAGACAAUGAGAAUGACAUUAAUGCUUUGAGAGCAUACACAGACCGCAUUGCACAUAGGUUGGACCAGGUGCAGGACAGUGUGAAUGAGUUGCUCGCGCUCAUUCCACCACGGUCAGCACACGCCACUGCAGAUGACAUAGUAUUGCUGUCUCCCUGCAAAAGUGUCGACCAACUGGAGGAGCUUGACCAGAGUCUAAAUCAGCUGGAGAGGAGGACCAAAAUGCAACAUUACCUCGUGACCUUAGGUGGAGAGAACGGUGGUAUUGCAGUUCGCCGUAUGCUGCGGCGAGUGGCUACUAAUGAUGUUCUGUCACAAUAUAGCCUGAGAGGGAGAAAGUCGAAAAGGGCUUUCCAAGACCUUUCCCUAUGUAGGAUUAUAAUAGGUGCCUGCCAGAUAAGCUUCCCUUCACUCACUGCAGCACAAGUAGAAGACCUGAUUGGGCAAGCACUCAAGUUUGCCCCACACAGACAAAGGUCAUCUCGCAAAGAUUGAUGGAGUGGGCCCCUCCGGACAGCCAAUGCACAUUUUACAUGCACCCUUUUCCACACACCUAGAGAGCCUUUGAGAUUUCUUUUUCUAUUUUAUUAUAUUUGCUAUUUUUUAUUUUAAAUUUGUAUAUAAGUAAACAUGAACUUUCAUUUUGUAUAUUUAUAUAUAUUGAAGUAAAAUUUUUAAAAUCCUA